AUGGGCGCGCCGCGACGAGCAGGCCAGCCCUUCCGCCGGGUCGGCAGGGGCGGACAGUCCAACUACGGGCAUAACAAACGGAAAACAGUCGACGCCGGGUCGCUGCGCAGCACCGAACAGACGUCGCAGAACGAGCGGCUCGAGUCCACACGCCUCGCAGACCGCAUCGAUGAGUCCAUGGGCUUCUCACGCUUCGACGCCGGCAGGAACAGGAUCGGGUGGCUCGUUAAUAUGCGCUCGACCGCCAUAGAAGACGAGCACGUGCCGGGCGGGAGAGCGGGCGUCGACUUUUACUUCAUCGGCGAGGACGGUGACACCUUCAAGGCGACGCUCGAGUACGAUCCGUACUUUCUGCUCGCCGUGAAGAAGGGAAAGGAACAAGACGUCGAGGAGUGGUGUCGACGGUCCUUUGAGGGGCUCGUCAAGACAUUCAAGCGCGUGGACAAGGAGGACUUGUCCAUGCCCAACCAUCUCACAGGCUACCGGAGAACGUUCCUGCAGCUCAGCUUCGCCAACGUGAACGACCUGCUCGCCGUGCGCAGAGCCGUCAGUCCCGUAGUCGAGAAGAACAAGAAGAACGUUAACGCCAUGGACACGUACGCCGAGGUUGCCACGGGGAAUGUGGACAUGGAUUUUUACGACAAUGACGAUUACGAACACGAGAAACGAUAUACCGCUGUUAUUGAUCCCAGCGACUUCAUUCUGGACAUCCGUGAAUACGACGUCCCUUACCAUGUCCGCGUGGCCAUCGACAAGGACGUCAGGAUUGGGAAUUGGUACACAGUCGAGGCGAAGCACGGCGUGGUCAGCAUGUCAUGUCUGGAGGAUCGUCUGACGCCUGCGGACCCCGUGGUCAUGGCGUACGACAUCGAGACGACGAAGCUGCCGCUCAAGUUUCCGGAUGCUGUCAUUGACCAAAUCAUGAUGGUCUCAUACAUGAUCGAUGGCCAGGGUUUCCUCAUCACCAACCGCGAGAUCGUGUCCGAGGACAUCCAGGACUUUGAAUACACUCCCAGACCAGAGUACCCCGGACAGUUCAUCAUCUUCAACGAGCCGGACGAGAAGGCCCUGAUCGAGCGCUUCUUCGAGCACAUCAAGGAGGCAAGGCCAACAGUCAUGGUCACAUACAACGGAGACUUCUUCGAUUGGCCAUUUGUCGAAGCAAGAGCUAGCGUGCUGGGCAUCGACAUGUACCAGGAGAUUGGCUUCCGGAAGAACAGCGAAGACAUCUACCAGUCCGACUACUGCGCACACAUGGACGCUUUCGCCUGGGUCAGUCGUGACAGCUACCUGCCGCAAGGAAGUCGUGGUCUGAAAGCAGUCACCAUGGCCAAGCUGGGCUACGACCCUGACGAGCUCGAUCCGGAACUCAUGACGCCCUACGCCUCUGAACGGCCGCAGACGCUGGCCGAGUACUCGGUUUCCGACGCUGUUGCCACGUACUAUCUGUACAUGAAAUAUGUGCACCCCUUCAUCUUCGCGCUGUGCAAGAUCAUUCCGCUGGGUCCGGAUGACACAUUACGAAAGGGUACUGGUACCCUGUGCGAGAUGCUGCUGAUGGUGCAAGCGUACCAGAAGGGCAUUGUUCUUCCAAACAAACACCAGGCGCCCAAGGAAGCCUUCUGGGAAGGCCAUCUUUUGGAGUCGGAAACCUAUGUCGGAGGUCACGUUGAGAGUAUCGAAGCCGGUGUCUUCCGCAGUGAUAUCCCAUACGACUUUGCAAUAGAUCCAACAGCUAUCGACGAGCUGGUCCGAGAUCUCGAUGCCGCGCUGAAGUUCAGCGUCGAGGUCGAAGAGAAGAAGAAGCUCGAAGACAUCACCAACUAUGAGGAGAUCAAGGGCCAGAUCGUCGAGAAGCUGAUGCAGCUCAAGAACACACCGAACCGGAGCGAACGACCGCUCAUCUAUCAUUUGGACGUCGCGUCCAUGUACCCCAACAUCAUGACGACGAAUCGACUGCAGCCCGAUUCCAUGAUACACGAGUCGAAUUGUGCCGCCUGCGACUUCAACCGGCCUGGCAAGACGUGCGAUCGCCGCAUGCCCUGGGCUUGGAGGGGCGAGUAUCUCCCCGCCAAACGCGACGAGUAUAACAUGGUGCGAAAUGCGCUUGAGAAUGAACGGUUCCCCGGGAAAUAUGCGAAUUCCAUGACGAGGACAUUCCAAGAACUAUCGGUGGACGAGCAAGCUACGCUGGUGAAGAAGCGCUUAACGGACUACUCGAAGAAGAUUUACCACAAGAUCCACGACCAGACAACAAUAGAGCGUGAAGCCAUCAUCUGCCAGCGCGAGAACCCUUUCUACGUCGACACAGUCGUCAGCUUCCGUGAUCGUCGAUACGACUUCAAGGGCAAGCAGAAGGUGUGGAAGGGCAAGACCGAAGAGCUGAAGAAGGCUGGUGCACCAGCUGCGCAGGUCGAAGAUGCAAAGAAGAUGGUCGUCUUGUUCGACUCCAUGCAGCUGGCGCACAAAGUCAUUCUAAACUCCUUCUACGGCUACGUCAUGCGCAAGGGUUCGCGAUGGUACUCGCUCGAGAUGGCCGGCGUCACGUGUCUGACAGGUGCACGCAUCAUUCAGCUUGCCCGAUCGCUGGUCGAGCGCAUCGGGCGACCGCUAGAACUAGACACGGACGGUAUUUGGGCCAUCCUGCCCGCGACGUUCCCGGAGAACUUUGCGUUCAAGAUGAGCAACGGCAAGAAACUGGCCAUCUCGUACCCCUGUACCAUGUUGAACCAUUUGGUUCACCAACAGUACACUAACCACCAGUACGAGACGCUCGUCGAUCCGCACACGUUCAGGUACGAGAAGCACAGCGAUAACACCAUUUUUUUCGAGGUCGACGGGCCGUACAAGGCUAUGAUUCUGCCGACGUCGAAAGAGGAGGACAAGAAUUUGAAGAAGCGAUAUGCCGUCUUCAACCACGACGGCAGUCUGGCGGAGCUGAAGGGGUUCGAGGUCAAGCGACGUGGUGAGUUGAAGCUCAUCAAGAACUUCCAGUCGCAGAUCUUCAAGUUCUUCCUUGAGGGCACGACGCUCGAAGAGACGUAUGGCGCUGUCGCAAACGUCGCCAACCGAUGGCUCGAUAUCCUCGACACGCGAGGUGCGACACUAGCCGAUGAAGAGCUUGUCGACCUCAUCGUCGAGAACAAGAGCAUGACCAAGACUCUUGAAGAAUACGGGGCGCAGAAGUCUACAGCCAUCACUACCGCCAAACGUCUCGCUGAGUUCCUGGGCGAGCAGAUGGUCAAGGACAAGGGUCUCAACUGCAAGUACAUCAUCUCCUCACGCCCGCGAAACGCUCCUGUCACCGAGCGCGCCAUCCCCAUGUCCAUCUUUUCCGCCGAGGACUCAGUCAAACGCUAUUUCCUACGGAAAUGGAUGCGCGAAGACCCCGGUGAGAUGGACAUUAGGAGCAUCCUGGACUGGGACUACUACCGCGAGCGUCUAGCAUCCGUCAUUCAGAAGCUCAUCACCAUCCCGGCAGCGCUGCAAAAAGUCAAGAACCCCGUACCUAGAGUGCCGCACCCCGACUGGCUCGCGAAGCGGAUUCGUCAGAAAGAAGACAAGCUCCAGCAGACGAAGAUGACGGAUAUGUUCACCAAGAGCAAGAAAGCACUGACCAACGGCGAUGCCAACGUUGCCAAUAACAAGCCGUCUGGCGACGUCGAAGACUUUGGCGUACCCAAACUGUCGCAAAUGAAGAGAGGCGUUGCUACCAGGAUGGUGUCCAAGCGAAAGGAGCCUGAGCCCGCGGUGCCUGUGCAGACAGACCCAUACGCCGCGCUGCCCAAGGUCAUGCCCGAUAUUGGUAGAGAUUACUCCGGAUGGCUUAUGUAUCAGAAGCAGAAGUGGAAGAUCCAACGCCAGGCCCGGAAUCGCAGACGACAGCUGUUCGGAGAGAAGUCAGUGGAUACCUCGGAUGCCAUUGGGACGCUCUUCAGGAACCAGGCCGAGACGCUGUUCAUGAGCACCUGGCAGCUCAUCCAACUGCGCCUGACAGAGAUUCCAGGAGAGGUGAAGGCGUUCGUGCUGAUCGACAAGAAGAUCCACACAUUGAAGAUUGUGGUGCCGCGGCAGCUGUACCUCAACCUCCGAAGCGAUGACCUGCCUGAUGUAUCGAUCAGCGGAUGCUCCGUGGAGAAGGUCGUCAACCACACUCUACCCAACGGACACCGGUCAAUUCACUUGUUCAAGCUGCAGAUGUCGGAGCAGACGUAUGUCCAAGAAGCGAACAGCAUCUCGGCCCUGUUCAACCAUGCCAGUGUUGAAGGUGUGUACGAGAAGCAAGUGCCACUCAACAUCCGCGCCAUUCUCGAACUGGGCAGCACUUGUACCUUCGACGAGUCGCAGAGGGGUGUUCUAGGCAGGGGUCUGGAGCAGGGCUUCGAUCUGUCGUCGUUGCGCAAGAUCCCCUCGAAGAAGCUGUAUCUUGCCGAUGCUUCGUUCGGCUACCUCUACGUGUACCACGUCAGCAGCGGCGACCGCAACAUCUACGCUGUCUUCUCGACGGGCAGGAGCGAGGCGCAUAUCAUCAUCCAGAACAAGUCCAAAGACUCCCAAGGCAUGCCAAAUGUCGAUAGGAUCUAUGUCGAGGCCCUGCAACGCCGGAUGGAAGACAGCCAGGGCGAGCCGUGGCAGGCGGCUAUUGAGUAUCAAGAGAACAUACAUUUCAAGACCACAAUGGUUACGACAAGACGAAAGGCACUGUUGGAACUCGGCGAUGUCAUCAAGAAGAUGAAGAUGGAUGAAGGCAAACCCGUCGUUGUCGUCAUGCAGUCUCCAAACCAGGCUCUGCUCUCGCACGAUAUCCCCAUGCUGAAGGACCUGCCCAUUCUGUCGCUGCACCCAGACGAGUCGGACAAGCAGCUGCCGCCUCUGGGCUGGCAGUCUUUCAUCGCCAAGCGCCUGGUGAGCCACUACCUGGAUCUGGGCUCGUGGGCGUCUCAUCUCAUGGAGCUCGCACGGUACGGCGACAUCCCGCUGUGCAACCUGGAGAGCAACGACCCGCGCUUCCUCAUCGACAUCGCCUACGCCAGGCGUCUCCAGAAAGAGCGCGUUAUCCUCUGGUGGUCAGGCCAGGCCAAACCCGAUCAUGCCGGCUACGAAAAGGACGACAUCCUCGGCCCCUUGGAGACAGUCGACAUGCCGUCCAUCAACAACCCCGGCACGUACUCUUCAGUGUGCAUCGACCUGAAUAUCCGCAACCUCGCCAUCAACACCAUCAUCUCUUCAUCUCUCGUCAACGAUCUUGAGGGCGCAGACAGCGUUUCCUUCAACCCCGCAGCGCCAUCCUUCGACUCCACGAAUGACGGAACAAACACAAUCUACUCGGACAACGCAUUUGCGUCAGCUGGCAUCACGGUACUGCGCGAGAUGGUAAAAGCGUGGUGGGUCGAGGCCUGCAGCGCAGGCAACGGGUUCUCGAUGGCAGACGUCAUGGUCCAGCACCUCGUGCGCUGGGUCAGCUCGCCCGGUUCGUUCCUCUACGACCGCAGCCUGCACUACUACGUACAGAUGAUGAGCAAAAAGACGUUGCAGCAACUCAUGAGCGACUUCAAGCGCGUGGGCAGCCACAUCGUGUUCGCCUCGCCCAACCGACUCCUGCUGCAGACAACAAAAGCAGAGGUCGGCAACGCAUACGCGUACAGCCAGUACAUCAUCAAGACGAUCAAGGCGAAGCCGCUGUUCCAGUUUAUGGAUCUCGAAGUCAAGGAAUACUGGGACUACCUCGUCUGGUACGACGCCUUCAACUACGGCGGCCGCGGCACCGCCACCGUCGUCGAGGAAUCCGCCCAGACCCUCGACGACAUCAUGUGCUGGCAGCUCGCCUCCUUCCUGCCACCGCCGCUACAGCCCGUCUUUGAGCAGUGGGUCCUCGAAUUCAUCGCCCUGAUGCACGCCCGCAAGCGGCCCGCAGCCCCAGACGGCACCUCGCCGCGCGCAACCCAGAUCCCCCUGCGCCCGCUCACUCUCGACCCGGACGCGGACACCCACAUCCUCCCCAAGCCCUUCACAAAGGGCCUGUACAAGCACAUGGUCACCCUCCUCCGCCGCCAGCACGCAGAGAUGCACAUCCCCGAGCUCGCAUCGGACUGGGCCUUCCCGUCGCUCCCAGGCGCACACACCGACCUCGCAAACCCCGUACUGCAGCUCGCAAAGAGCAUCUGCCAGGUCCUCAGCCUCGACCGUGCGAGCAGCCUCGAAGCUCGCCGUCUGCGCAAAGAUAUCCUACUCCUCUUCGAACUGCGCGAGUUCGCGCCUGCCGCCGCAUUCGCGAAUCCCAGCGCCUCCCUCGUCGUACCCGUCGUAUGUGAUGAGUGCACCGCCGCGCGCGACCUGGAUUUGUGCCGCGACGCCGCGCUGCUUCCUGCACUGCCUGACGCGCCGCUGCCGAAGUGGAAGUGCGACGCACCUCUCUGCGGCGCACCGUACGACAGACUCCGCGUCGAGGAGCGGCUCGUCGCUGAUCUGCAGCGUGUGCUGCUCGAUUGGUGCGCGCAGGAUCUUAAAUGUGGAAAGUGCAAGCGUCUCCGCAGCAACGAGUUUAUGGAGCAUUGUGCUUGUGCGGGGGAGUGGGUUGGGACUAGGGAUCGGCGGGAGGUGGGGAGGGCGUUGGGUGUUUAUAAGCGUGUGGCUGGGUUUUAUGGACUGGGGAUGUUGGAGGCGGUUGUUGAUGAGUGUUUGGAGGGGUUUUAG